AUGGCGUUUAUUAAAGAGGAGAGUGAAGACAUGAAGAUUGAAGAAGCAUUCAGAGUCAAACAUGAAGAUACUGAGGAACAAACAGACCUGAUGACACUGAAAGAGGAGAGUCAAGAACUCAAUGAAAAGGAAGAUAAUGUUCAGCAUGAGAAAUAUAAUUUCAUGACUGAAGAAAAAUCAUUUAGUUGCUCACAUACUGAAAAGACUUCACAAAAAAGAGCUCAAAAGACAACAAAUAGAAGUUAUUUCACCUGCCAACAGUGCGGGAAAAGUUUCACCAGAAAAGGAAAUCUUGAAGUCCACAUGAGAGUUCACACUGGAGAGAAGCCUUUCACCUGCCAACAGUGUGGAAAGAGUUUCAUUAAUAAAACAAACCUUAAAAGCCACACAAGAAUUCAUACUGGAGAGAAACCUUACACAUGCUCUCAAUGUGGAAAAAGUUUUAAACAUAAACAACACCUCCAUGACCACAAGAUAAUUCAUACUGGAGAGAAACCUUUCACCUGCCAACAAUGUGGAAAGAGUUACACUCACAAAAGAAACCUUAGAGACCACAUAAGAACUCAUACUGGAGAGAAGCCUUACACAUGCUCUCAGUGUGGAAAAAGUUUUAAUCAUAAACAACACCUCGAUGACCACUUGAGAAUUCAUACUGGAGAGAAACCUUUCACCUGCCUUCAAUGUGGAAAGAGUUUCACUCACAAAGGAAACCUUAGAGACCACAUGAGAACUCAUACUGGAGUGAAGCCUUUCACCUGCAAACUGUGUGGAAAGAACUUCAUUCAUAAACCAAACCUUAAAAAUCACAUGAGAAUUCACACUGGAGAGAAACCUUACACAUGUUCGCAAUGUGGAAAGAGUUUUAAACAAAAACAACACCUCGUUGACCACGUGAGAAUUCAUACUGGAGAGAAACCUUUCACCUGCCAACAAUGUGGAAAGAGUUUCAUUCAAAAUGGAAACCUUAACAAACACAUGAAGAUUCACAAUGGAGAGAAUUAUUUCACCUGCCAACAGUGUGGGAAAAGUUUCACCAGAAAAGAAAAUCUUGAAGUCCACAUGAGAGUUCACACUGGAGAGAAGCCUUUCACCUGCCAACAGUGUGGAAAGAGUUUCAUUAAUAAAACAAACCUUAAAAGCCACACAAGAAUUCAUACUGGAGAGAAACCUUACACAUGCUCUCAAUGUGGAAAAAGUUUUAAACAUAAACAACACCUCCAUGACCACAAGAUAAUUCAUACUGGAGAGAAACCUUUCACCUGCCAACAAUGUGGAAAGAGUUACACUCACAAAAGAAACCUUAGAGACCACAUAAGAACUCAUACUGGAGAGAAGCCUUACACAUGCUCUCAGUGUGGAAAAAGUUUUAAUCAUAAACAACACCUCGAUGACCACUUGAGAAUUCAUACUGGAGAGAAACCUUUCACCUGCCUUCAAUGUGGAAAGAGUUUCACUCACAAAGGAAACCUUAGAGACCACAUGAGAACUCAUACUGGAGUGAAGCCUUUCACCUGCAAACUGUGUGGAAAGAACUUCAUUCAUAAACCAAACCUUAAAAAUCACAUGAGAAUUCACACUGGAGAGAAACCUUACACAUGUUCGCAAUGUGGAAAGAGUUUUAAACAAAAACAACACCUCGUUGACCACGUGAGAAUUCAUACUGGAGAGAAACCUUUCACCUGCCAACAAUGUGGAAAGAGUUUCAUUCAAAAUGGAAACCUUAACAAACACAUGAAGAUUCACAAUGGAGAGAAGCCAUAA